UUUCACCCCUAGCAUCGUACACAUCUCCCCAUCCAUGAAACGCAUCCGGGUUUGAACCCCUUCCCCAACCACGCACACCUGAAACCCUCAAUCCCCUCAUGCACGUGACGCGCACCUCGCCCUAUAUCACUGGGCGCUAACCCCAGCCCAUCAACCACAACCACAACUUUCCCCAGCCCGCCAUGGAGUCAAUAAAAGAUCUCGCAACAAACCCAGCCCACACGCGAUGGAUGUACCCGCUGCUCCUCCUCGCGGACGCCGCGCUCUGCGGCGUCAUAAUCGAGAAAUUUCCCUACACAGAGAUCGACUGGACGACCUACAUGGAGCACAUUGAAAUCUAUAACAAAGGCGAGCGCGACUACAAGAACAUUGUUGGGUCGACGGGCCCGCUUGUGUAUCCCGGCGCGCAUGUUUUGAUCUACAGGAUUCUGUACUGGCUCACGGAUAAGGGGACGAAUAUCCAGCUCGCGCAGUACAUUUUCGGCCUCGUGUAUCUGGGCACCCUUGCCGUGGUGCUUCAGUGCUACAGGAAUGUUAAGGUGCCGCCAUAUGUGUUCCCCAUGCUCAUACUGUCAAAGCGGCUGCAUAGUAUUUUUAUGCUAAGAUGCUUUAAUGAUUGCUUUGCGGCGCUGGGGCUGUGGGCGGCCAUUUAUUGCUAUCAGACCGAGUAUUGGCACUGGGGCAGCUUCUUCUACACGACCGGGCUGAAUGUGAAGAUGAGCUUGCUGCUGCCGUUGCCGGCUAUAGGCGUUAUGUUGCUGCAGGCCCUGCCAUCGAGGGAGGCCGUCACUCAGGCUAUGAUAAUCUUCCAAGUCUCGAUCGGCUACGGGUACCCCUUCCGCAAACGCGCACCCUCCUACUUCCCACGCGCCUUCCAACUAACCCGCCAAUUCCUCUACAAAUGGACCGUAAACUGGCGCUUUGUCCCUGAGUCCGUCUUCCUCAGCAAACCCUUCGCCAUCAGCCUCCUCCUCAUUCACUUCGCGCUCCUCUACUGGUUCUUCCGCACCCGCUGGAUCAAGCCUUCCAAGCGACAGCCGCGCGAGUUCUUCCAGAUGAUCCGCGAAGAACCGCGCGACCAAGAGCAAAUCGCCCGAAGAACCACCCCAGAUUUCAUCAUGACGAGCAUGUUGACUGCAACUGCGAUCGGCAUGCUUUGUGCGAGGAGUCUGCACUACCAGUUCUAUGCGUAUAUUGCGUGGGCGACGCCGUUUCUGCUGUGGAAAGCGGGCUUUCAUCCGAUCGUGCAGUAUGCGCUGUGGGGUGCGCAGGAAUGGGCGUGGAAUGUGUAUCCGAGUACGCCAGCGAGCUCGGCGACUGUGGUGGGCGUCCUAGCUGUCACCGUGCUCGGCGCAUGGUGGGGAACGAGGAAAGAAUAUGAGGGCGUGGAGAGGAGAGGGAAACUUGAAGAAGAGCAGGAGCACGAGCAUGCCGAAUGAUUAGCUCUCAUUCUUCAUCCGAAUCCGCUGGCGGCAUUUUCCCGACGUUCGAUUCCUCGUCGCUGUCCUCAUCAUAGGACGACUUCUUUGCGAAUUCCACAGGCCAAUAACCCAUCUUCCUCCACGCUUUCUCGUCCCUCACCACGUUCACAAUCUCUCCAUCUAGCUUGUUCUCCCUCUCCGCCAGUGCCUUCAUGUCCACUACCACGUAGCUACCCCGCUUUAUCCAUAUCGUGGAGCGAAAUUUCGCUUCGAGCUCGACGAGGACGGGCUUUCCGUCUGCGCAUUCGGCGUUGUAGAGAUUGUUGCCGGCGGCUUUGGUGAUGCGCGCGAUGACCUGGGUGGAGGGCAGGAUGGAAAGAGGUGUGAGCGUGUCUUCGA